AAUGUUUAGUUAUUAUUUGUUAAAUAAAAAACGUAAUAUUAAUAUUAUCUAAACAUUUAUAAAAAUAAAAUAAAAGAAUAAUAAAAACAGUCAGAAGGAAUAUGGCAAGAGAAUAGCUGGUGCCAAAAAUUUCAACCAAGUCUUGCAUGUGCAGAUUUCAAAGAGUGGUGAAGAUGAUGGACAUUUCAGACCUAAAGAUUCAAAUCAAGAUAAAAACUCAGUUUUUAUCUCCAAAUGUGAUUUAUGGGGCUCACCUUGUCUUCAAAUUUUGUGACCCAAGAAAAUUUUCAAGUAAUCUAAAAUACGUCAACCUCAAGUACAAACUGGGGGGUGAAAUCCUACAUGCAUAUUUUGCAACAUGCGGAGAUGACAUGUGGAUGAUGAUAGAAUUGUGCAGAUUCAUACCUCACAAGAAAGAUAUUGAUUUCGAGGUUCUACUUGAGAGCUUGUCAAGAUACUAUUGUGGAACUGGUGAAAUCUAUGUUGAAGGCAUUCAUUUUCAACCGAUCAAUAACACAACUUUGGAACCUGAACUAUAUGAGAAGCUAGAAGGAGUACAAGAAGUCCUGAAAUCAAACUUGGAUUAUGGGCAACAAGUACCGGUUGAUUAUGACGAAAUAAACCGACUAGACGAUGAUGAAAAGUUACUCUCGGUAAGCAAAGCGAACGAAAAGAACUGUCACAUGCUUCCAGCAAAGAUGGUUUUAUACGAGUCUUCAGAUGUCAAGUGUUUCAAUUGGAAAUCUCUUGCUGAGCCUGAAUCCAGAUUUCUAGAGGUGGCUGAGCUUAUAUCACACCAAGUAUUUCAAAUCAGAUGCAAGAUCGAAAUCCAAAACUUGUCGCCAGAUACAGAUUAUACAUGUCAUCUUGUAUUCAAGCUAUCACAAAAAUGCCAUGGUUUGCAUUGUCCGGUGAGGGUACGGGAUGUACUUAAUAGGAAAAAGAAAGAGUUCAUGUUUCUUUAUUUUAGAUCUCCAAGAUUAAUAAACUUACACGGUAACGAAAAGGUUCCUAAGCGUAGAGAAGACGGAUUGAUGGAAGUUAUUAUGUGGGAAUUCAACUCAGGUAACAAUGAUCAUGUUCCCAUGAGUUUGAAAUUGAGAUGCUAUGAAGGAACCAUGUCUGGUCUUAUUGUAUAUGGCGUUGAAUUUCGACCCAUAUGAUGUUUUACAAAAUAAAAAGAACUUUAAUCAUGUUAUUAUGUACCUAAUAUUCAUCUGUUAGCUUAAUUUGUAAGUUACAUUUCUCUACCUUGUUUCUUCGCUACUUUCAUGGUUUUAAUGUUUGCUACUGUUUGAUAUAUAUUGGGUUUAUUUA